GUUAUUCACACUUCGGACAGUUGUGGGUGAGGCGGUCAUGACAGUUAUAGUGUCACUUAUUUGCCGACAGUCAUUGAACGCAUCGGCAACGAGAUGUUGUUUUGCUUGAAUAGGAGCGCCAACAUGGCGGCAAGCGGCGAUUCACUCGAGUCCUGGCUAAACAAGGCCACCGAUCCUUCCAACAGACAAGAAGACUGGGACUUUAUUGCGGGAUUCUGCGACCAAAUCAAUAAGGAGCUCGAGGGACCGCAAAUAGCUGCAAGACUCUUGGUACACAAGGUCCAUUCACCACAGGAAUGGGAGGCUCUACAAGCCUUGAUGGUACUGGAAGCUUGCAUGAAGAAUUGCGGCCAGAGGUUUCAGAACGAAGUGGGGAAAUUCCGCUUUCUAAAUGAGCUCAUUAAAGUGAUCUCACCCAAAUAUCUAGGAGACAAAGUGUCUGUCAAGUUGAAGUCAAAAGUGAUUGAGAUGAUUUACGGCUGGACCGUAAAUCUACCCGAGGAAACCAAAAUCUGUGAGGCUUACCAGAUGUUGAAGAGUCAAGGCAUCGUGUUAGCCGACCCAAAGAUCUCUCUGGAUGCAAAAUUCGUGCCGACAUCUCCGCCUGCGCAGCCAAAGAGUCCUGUGUUUGAUGAUGAGCACAAAAGCAGACAGUUGGCAGAGCUGCUCAAGAGCAAAAAGCCUGCAGAUUUGCAGGCAGCCAAUCGCCUCAUCAAGAACAUGGUCAAGGAGGAUGAAGUGAAAACACAGAAAAUGGCGAAGCAGAAAAGCACCCUGGAGGCGGCCAAUAACAGUGUCAAACUCCUUAAUGAGAUGCUGGCUUACUUCAGCCCUGAAGACUCCACGGAUGCUGACAGAGAGCUCAUCGGGGAGUUGUUCUCCGACUGUGACAAGCUGAGACAAACGGUGUGUCAGCUUGCUACUGAGACUGAUGAUAACGACGCCAACUUGGGCGACAUCUUGCAGGCCAACGAUGACCUCAGCAGUAUAAUUAAUUCUUGCAAGGGAAUUGUGGAAAGCCAAUCCAUAAAUGGAGUGACUAAAACAACAUCAACAGUCAAACGAGGCACCAGCUGCACACCCCGAACAGAGAGUCUGAUUGAUUUGGCAACAGACGUGGACAUCCCAGCUUUCUCCCAACUAGGAGAGAAAGAUUCGACAUCGAAUGCGAUUUCUCAUGUUGAUCUUCUAUGCGGAACCGCUGUUGCUGUACCAUCCCCUGCGAGCUCUGACAAGGUGCCCGCAUCGUUUUCUCUCCUGGAUGAAGAGCUGCUGACUUUAGAAUCUCCAGGAUUUGUUGCCACUGAAUCCGUUCUACCCACAAGUAGAAGCAAAUCCCCACAGCCCUUCCAGAAUUAUAAUCAGGGCAUGGAUCUUUUAGACACCACCGCAAAAGUUAGACCCGCAGACCCCAUGUCAAACCUUCCCUUGGGGUUCGCCACACCACUCUCAUCCUCGUCCACUCUCCAGGCACUAAUCGGUCCAGUCCUGAGCGCACCGCUCCCAGUGGAUUCGUUACUGUCAGCAACCGCCGAUGCCGAGCUUUCCCCAUUGGCGGCAUCUUCACUGGAUAAAAGUCAGCAAGACCUAGCCCUGCUCGAUUUAGGCGGUAAUAAAAGAAUCCCCGCGGUGCUCUUUGACAACGCGAAAGCCAAGCGUGGCAGUUUGUGUUCUCCUGCCAAUCUCCUACACCAAGAAGCCAUUCCAGUCACACUUAGCUGCUCCCCGGCUCGAAGUCUAUCCAACAAUAAUCAGAUCUCUUUAAACGUGCAAGAUCAGACGUCUCUCACUGAUCUCUUUGUUCCUUUGGAUGCUGUCAAACCAAGUAAAAUGUGUCCGGUCACAGCAUACGACAGACGUGGCGUUCGUCUACUUUUGCAUUUCGCCAGUGACUGUCCACCCGGCAGGUCUGACGUGUUGAUAAUUGUGGCCUCCAUGCUGAAUACAUCCCCGCUUCUUGUGAAGGACAUAGCACUGCAGGCUGCAGUUCCCAAGACCAUGAAAGUGAAAUUGCAGCCGCCUUCUGGGACACAUCUAGCUCCUUUCAACCCCAUCCUGCCUCCCGCUGUCAUCACUCAGGUCGUGCUGCUUGCCAAUCCUCACAAGGAAAAGGUUCGGAUGAGGUACAAGCUGACAUUCACGCUGGAUGAGCAGCCCUACACAGACGUCGGGGAAGUGAACGAAUUUCCACUUCCUGACAGAUUGGGAGGGGACCUGUGACUCCAAAUUACACUGCCUCCUGGAUUAUUUAAAAAAAAUUGAUUUAUUUACCAGUGCAGUCCAUGACAAAGGAACAGUUGUCGGGAAUAUGUCACACUCACCAAUACUGCAUUUCUCAUUCCUGCUCAGAGGGCGGCCAUUUUGCCACUUGGUGUUGACUGGUGAUGACCAAUCACAGCUGACCUAGUUUCUGAGUUUAAUCAACAUACAAGUACUUAAAGAGUCCUGCAUUUCUGGCGUGUAUGUAUCUUAAAAUGAACACCGCAGCAAUAACCGACUCAUAUCCAACUUAAGAUAUGACAAAAUGUGCUCCUGAAGAGUACUGAACUAAACUGUAAACAGAAUUAUUUUUCCCAACAAAGAUCUCCUGUUCAAAGUGUGGUAAAAACAGUACGGUUUACCAUACUUUUAUAUAACAUGUACUUCUAACAUUGCUCAGCUUUAAACCUCAUUUAAUGUAAACAAAUGGACCUUCGAGUUGAAGGUGUGCCGGAAUAGACCUCUUGAUGCAGUGUUUGCCAUUGUUCAAGUUUAACAUUCACGACGGUACACAGAGCCCACAUUGUGAUCACAUAUCAUACAUCAUUCAUUGUGUCUAAUUGCUCUCAUAUCGUGUUUGACUUUCCAUCAAGUCAAAAUGUUUGCGCGUUUUGUUAAGGUAGAAAAAAAGCUCCACAUUUGUUUGUGAAAAUGAACACUUUUUUGUUGUUGUUUAUCAGUCUGCGACGAAUCAUUCCUUUUGGCCAAGGAAGGCAGGAGCCCGACUUGCAAAAAAUACAAAAUUGCUUUUUAUUCGUCCACUUGUGUUGUACUUAAUUAUUUAUUGAUAUACACGCUAUUUAUUAUUAUUUAUGGUGGCUGUAAGGGUUACGUUUUUUACUUGCGUGUGUACGGGGACAUACUGUACAAAGUAUGUGAGUGAAGGUCCUCAUGCACAAGAAGAAACACUACUUCCUGCAUCAUGAAGACAGUUGGCUUAUUACUAGGUGAUCGUCUUUUUUUUCUUCGAAGGCACAAAGCAAUCAGUCUCUUCUUUUACUCUGUUAAUGGUCUUAGUUUACUUUGCCUGUAUUUGGUUUCCUACUGUAUGUGAAAAGGAUAUUUAGAGAUAAAAUACUUCUGACAAUCAA